GUCAGGGGCGGGCUCCGGCCGGAGGCGGUGGUUGUGGCGGCUCUUUCGUAAAUGCGGCGGCGACUCCGGCUUCGGUUUGAGCGGACUGCGAGCGGUAAUUCGCGGGCGAAGGGAGCCGGGCAGCGGGAACUGAGAGGCGAGGACCGGCUCCAGGCCUCGGGCGAGUGUGGUGGGCUCCGGGAGACGUCAGGCCGUGGCAACACCUGUUCCAGGUUAAUGCUGUUUUGCGGGGAGCCUGCAUUUGUCACCGCUGUGGUCUUGGCGGUACUGUAAGCUGAUGUCAAGGCGAACGGGACGCUGGCUGCUCGAGAAGAGGGCGCAAAGCGGCCUUGCUUUCUGUCCCCCGCAAGGGCCGGCCUCUUGCACUGUGUCCAGGUGCUUGUCUUCAAAGCUGCGCUGGAGUCGUGGCUUUCCGGGAGGUGUUGGAGAUUAAUAGCUCUUAGCUUUUGCGUUAUUUAUAUACAAUAGUGUCUGUCACUGGCCUAAAAUGUUCCUGAUGCCAACCUCUUCAGAGUUAGACAGUGGGCAGAACUUCUUAACCCAGUGGAUGACCAAUCCUUCUCGGGCUGGAGUCAUAUUAAAUCGUGGAUUUCCUAUUUUGGAAGCAGACGAAGAGAAGCGAGCAAGUGUGAACACUUCCACUGGCUUUCCUGUUAAAGCCACACAUUUUUCAAAUAGCUUCAGUUUUGUAAAUGAAGAAGAUUCACUUCAUGAAGAACAGAAGUCGGAGUCUAACAGCCCUUACAAACUACAGUCAGAUACAUCUGAAACGCAUGCAGUCUUUCCUUUACCUAAAGAGGGACCACAACCAGUGUCGUGUCAGGAUGCUCCUGCACCCUGGGAAGUUAACAAAAGUGACUUUAUCUCAGAUCUUGCUGGUGAAUUCAAAGAUGUGGCUUAUAAAGACCCGCUUUUUAAAAAGUUUGAACAGCUGAAAGAAGUGCAACAGAAGAAGCAGGAACAACUGAAGAGGCAGCAGCUGGAGCAGCUGCAAAGACUCAUGGAAGAACAGGAGAAGCUGCUGAUUUUGGCAUCUGGGCCGCACACUCCCCCGGGUGCUUCUGCCUGCCCGGGGCCUUCAGGUUCCACUCCACCGCCUGAUGGUCUGAGCCAGAAGCCCAGGUCCCCAGGAAAUUCAGCCUCUGUGGAGAUGCCUGCACCCGCCUUACCUACCCAUGUCUGCCAGAGUCAAACCCCAGAGCAAACAUCCAGUGAACACAACAGCUUCGGUAGAACUGCUCAUCAAAGUUUUGUCUCAACUUCAAAAAGGGGUGCUUCUCCCAGUUUGUUCUCUGAAGCACAGUAUCAAGAAGCACCUGUGGGAAAGAGGGAUUUGGAGGAAGAAAAACGUAUCCAUCCUGUUGUAGUAGGUGGAGGUAUUUUACCAUGUUGGGAGAAAAUGACGGAACAGAUUGAGGAAGGGAACGAUGUAAACUUUAAAAAAACCGGUGAUUCCUCAGAAGUGGUUAAUAUUGAAGAAAGGCCCAUUAAAGCUGCUGUCAGAGACAGGAAGCAGACGUUUGAAGAUUACGUGGAAGAACAAAUUCGGCUGGAAGAACAAGAACUGAAACAGAGACAGCUAAGGGUAGCAGAAGGGUCAUCACUAACCAAAGUGAAACCAAAACAACCAUUUUUAAAACGAGGAGAAGGUUUGGCUAGAUUUAGUAAUGCUAAAUCUAAGUUUCAGAAAGGGAGAGAAAAUAAACUAGUGACUACUCAGAGCAUUUCAGAGGAUCCACCAGUGUUUAAAACAGACAGACAACCAUUCCAGCGGAAAACUGCGCUUCUAAAUAAAGAACCGUGUGCAGAGAACCCUCCUGCCAAGAAGAACAAUAACGCUAGAACCAAGAGUGGUUCUGCCACAGUGAGUCAGAAGCCAAAAGAGCUUCAGAGUAGUGACAGGAAAGGUCUCUGCCCGUCAGGAUGGAAGAUCCUGGCAGGGAAGAAACGCAAUGGGCAGUUUAGAGACCAUAUCAAAUUAGGAAAAGCAGAAUCUAAGUGUAGUGUACCCGAGUGUGCAAAACCUUGCGACAUCAGUUGCAGAGUCUGGAAUAAGAGCCGGGGUAAGGAGGGACUUACUGUCUCACCGGAGCUGGUCAGCCACGCGGCCUCUGAGGGCCCGGUGAGCAAGACUGCAAAAGAGUCAGGGUCUUCUCUCGAUGCUUCUCUUCAGAGGAAGUUAGAGAGCUGGGAGCGAGAGAAGGAAAAGGAAAAUUUGGAAUUGGAUGAAUUUCUGUUUUUAGAACAAGCUGCUGAUGAAAUAUCAUUUUCCAGUAAUUCUUCAUUUGUACUAAAGAUCUUACAGAGGGACCAGCAGACUUGCCAAAGUCGCCGGCUGUCUUCUACCCCUGUCAAAACUGUGCGGCAGCAAAAGACAACACGGGGUCCCAGUAGUCAUUGUGACCAGGAGGCGGGGCCAGGCCAUGCUGAGCAACGUGGACGUGAGGGCGAGUGUGAGGGCGCAGCCAGGCAGCUAGCUUCAGCGUCCUCACCGGAUGGACGGGGGGAGCAGUCCUGUAAAGUCAGGAGGAAAAUGUUGCAGGUGAGCACCCCAGAAAACCAGACGAGGUGGGAGGCCAGUGAUGAGGACGGUGUUACGAGCAGUGACACUGGCUCUGAGGAGCAGCUGGACAUUACCAUAAAACUGUCAGCUGAGGGAAAUGAAAGGACCACCAGCGGCAGAGAGGAUAGCCCACAAGUCUGUGAUGGCAAGGGACCUCCCAGGGAUGCUGGGACUCAGGAAGAGGAUAAAAGGAGAGAUGCUGACUUAGAUUUGUCCGAUAAAGAUUAUAGCAGUGAGGAGUCCAUUGGAUCAGAAAGCUUGGAAAAUAAAGGUUCUGAGUCCUCAAGAAGACCCUCGUCUACAAGUACAAGCAGAAUCGACUUCGAUGAUGAAAGAACUUGGACCGACCUUGAAGAGAAUUCAUUUAAACAUGAUAUCUGUGGGAGCGAAGCCAUUGAUGGGACUGUCCAGACAGCCUGCCCUCGUAAGAGUGACGCGUGUCUCCUGGACAGGACGGUGAGAAGGAAGGCCACACCGGUCAGGCGGGAGGGCAUGAGCCAGUCCCGCAGGAGCGUCAGUCCCCCUGCAUCGGACCUGAUGAUGAGGUUCUUCCCGUCUCUGAGACCCAAGCCCAAACCCAAACCUGAUUCACAUGUGGGAAAUGAACCCCAGCUAAACAGUCAAGACCAGCCCCUCGGUGACAGUGUUCGAUCUCAAGUUUUGAGAGAGAAAGUUAUUGAAUUGGAAAUGGAAAUAGAAAAAUUUAAAGCUGAGAACACAUCUUUAGGUAAACUUCGCAUUGAACGAGAAAGUGCCUUGGAAAAACUCAGGAAAGAAAUUGCAGACUUUGAACAACAGAAAGCAAAAGAAUUGGCUCGAAUAGAAGAGUUUAAAAAGGAGGAAAUGAGGAAGUUACAAAAGGAACGCAAAGUUUUUGAAAAGUAUACUACAGUUGCAAGAACUUUUCCAGAUAAAAAGGAACGUGAAGAAAUACAGGCUUUGAAACAGCAGGUGGCCGACUUACAGGAAGAUAUGAAAAGAAAGGAAGCAAAAUGGUCAAGUACACAUGGCCGUCUUAGAAGCCAGAUAGAGAUGUUGGUCAAAGAGAACACAGACCUCCGGGAAGAAAUAAAAGUGAUGGAAAGAUUCCGACUAGACGCCUGGAAGAGAGCAGAGGCCACCGAGAGCAGCAGCAAGGCGGGCCAGUGCGGGACUGCCGCGAAGAAAGAGGGGUCCGUGAAUUCAUCAAUUCGAAUCCAAAAGAGUCAGAAUUCUUCAGGAACCCAGCUAGAAAAACACAAGAAAAACACUUCGCCCACACAAGGCAAUCCAUCUCAAAGACCCAAGUCUGUGCCGCCUCGUGAUUUAUGCAGUUCGGACAAGAGACAACCAGCCUCACCCAGGGAGCCUCCUGAACCAGUGGGCUUGCCAGACCCUGAAUAUAAAGAGAAUGAAAAAGAAGAAAAAGAAGAGAUUCAGGGAGAAAUCAGUCAUCCUGACGGAAAGGUAGAAAAGGUUUAUGAGAGUGGGUGCCGUGUUAUAUUGUUUCCAAAUGGAACUCGCAAGGAAGUGAGUGCAGACGGGAAGACUGUCACAGUGACCUUCUUCAAUGGCGACGUGAAGCAGGUGCUGCCAGACGAGAGAGUGAUCUACUACUACGCGGCCGCCCAGACCACCCACACGACGUUCCCAGGAGGACUGGAGGUCCUGCAUUUCUCAAGCGGACAGAUAGAAAAACACUUCCCAGACGGGAGAAAAGAAAUCACAUUUCCGGACCAGACCGUGAAGCGCGUGUUUGCCGAUGGGCAGGAGGAGAGCGCCUUCCCUGAUGGCACGGUCGUCCGCACCCAGCGAGAUGGUAACAAAAUCAUAGAGUUCAGUAAUGGCCAGAGAGAAGUCCAUACGGCCCAGUUCAAGAGGCGGGAGUACCCGGAUGGCACUGUUAAGACUGUGUAUGCAAACGGCCACCAGGAAACGAAGUACACGUCUGGCCGGAUGCGCGUCAAGGACAAGGAUGGCAACGUGCUGCUGGACACGAACGUGUAGGACCCCAGUGUGUGAUCAUGGAGCAACACUAACUUGAUUUUCUUGUUAAAAAUGUACACUUCUUGUGGAUUCUGUGGUUUAAUUUAUAUUUACUGUGUCUGUGUGUGUGUGUGUGAAUGGCAAAGAUUACACUUGGAUUAUAAAAUAAAAUUUAUAGCUUUUUAGAAUCUUUGAAAUGCUUUCAGUUUGAAUUCACUCACUCUUGUCUUUCUGCAGUUGAAAGCAUUCCUUUGUUAUAAACUGUAUAAAACUUUAAAGAUGGUAAGUGGCACCUGCACUGGCCAGAGCGCCUCAUAGAGCGAGUGUGAGGAGCUCUGUGUCACGCAGGCUCCCCAGGGACGUUGCCCAUAGCAGGCGCACGGGGGGUCUGCUCGAGGAGGGUGGCUUACCAGUCAGAGCGGUCCCGAAGGCAAAGCGCUGAGCCACUAGAGGUUCCUCAGGUGGGAAGUUAGUGGACGAAGACGAGUCAGGCCGUACAGGAAGAGUCCCUGCUACGAGUACAGGUGAACUCGCAGAUAGGGCGAGGGUGACGUAACAGGAGAAGUGCCCAGGAAGCAGCUGGCCAGACUGUGAGACGGCUGUUGACGGAAGCAAGAUGCCCUUGGACGAAGGGCAAAUCACUUCUCUGGAUUUAAUAACAAUAGGAAAAAAAUUUAUAACUUUUCAAAGAAAAUAAUGAGUUAUAUAGUAUCACCUGGGGGGAGGAGAGGGAUUUUUAAAGGAGUCAAAGCAUAAACCUUAAAAGGUUGGUAAAUGAGAAGUUUCUGUUUGUCCAAAGAUGCAAUAAAAUAAAUGAGCCACAGACCAAGAGACACCUGACAGGGUUAGCGCCCAGGAUGAAUGACAACUCGACAGAAAAAUGGACGAAGGACGGGAACAAGCAGCACACGAGUGACAAAG